CAAUUGGGAAUACCCCAAAUUUAGGAGUACCCCAAUUGGAAAAAAAACUCAUUUGAGGCAAUCAAUUUGUUGGUUUCUCAUUGAUUACUAUAAAAUUAAGAGAAAUUUAUCUCCAUCUCACAAAUCUCUCCCCCUUUUUGCUUGCUAUAUACUUUCUACUUUUUCCUUGUAAAGGAAACCCAUGUUGGCCAUGGCUUGUUUUCAAAAACAAAAAACUCUAUUCAUUUGUCUUACAAUAUUGACCCUUGUUUUUUGGCUUAAUUGGGUACCAAGUGUUGCAGAGCUUCAAAGGCUUGAACACCAUGGAAAAAGUGAUGAGUCACUUAGUUUUUUGGUGAUUGGAGAUUGGGGCAGAGGAGGGCUUUACAAUCAGUCUGAGAUUGCUUUUCAGAUGGGAAGGAUUGGAGAGAAACUAGACAUAGACUUUGUGAUAUCUACCGGAGACAAUUUUUAUGACAAUGGAUUGAAGGGUGUGAAUGACCCGGCAUUUCAAGAGUCAUUUACAAAAAUUUAUUCCCAGAAGAGCUUGCAGAAGCCAUGGUAUAGCAUUUUAGGCAAUCAUGACUAUAGAGGCGACGCGAAGGCACAAUUGAACCCAAUGCUUAGGAAGAUUGAUAGUAGAUGGAUUUGCUUGAGAUCAUUUACUCUUAAUACAGGAAGUGCGGAUUUCUUCUUCAUGGACACCACUCCUUUUGUUGACGUCUACUUCACUGAUCCAGAAGAGCGUGUUUAUGAUUGGCGAGGCAUAUAUCCUCGAGAGAUUUACCUUAAUAAUCUUCUAAAGGAUUUGGAUUCGGCAUUGAGAAAUUCAACUGCUGAGUGGAAGAUUGUGGUUGGUCACCAUGCAAUCAGAAGCAUAAGUCAUCAUGGUGAUACUCAAGAACUCAUUGACCAACUCCUCCCUGUUCUUGAGAUGAAUGGUGUCGAUUUUUACGUGAACGGGCACGACCAUUGCCUACAACGUAUUAGCUGCCCUGACAAUCGGAUCCAAUUUUUGACAAGUGGAGCGGGCUCAAAGGCAUGGAGGGGCGAUGACAAAAAGCACGACAAAUGCGCAGUACAUUUCUUUUACGAUGGCCAAGGCUUCAUGUCGAUGCAGCUAAAGAGUACCGAGGCGAAAAUGGUGUUCUAUGAUGUUUUUGGUCAACCUAUACAUCAAUGGAGUGUCUCUAGGAUGCUUCACUCAGAGAUGUAAAUAUUUUCCGAAAUUUAGUGGAGAUUGGUUAGUUGACAAAAUAUAAAAGCCAAUCCUAAAUUCAUAUUAGUUGGUUUUUAAAACUUGGGUUUUUUUAUUUAAAAAAAAAAAAAUUGGUGCGAAGAGAAAGUUGUGCUUGAUUUCAGACAUUACAUUAGAUAAGAGAGUAUCUCGUCACUGGGCAAACAUAUUAUAGAAAUUGAACAAAGAACUUACAAGUCCAAUUCUCAAAGGGAAGUACUUGAAAUAUAAUACCACACAGUUUGCCAUUUUUAGCACUAGUUGUGCUAUAAAUUAUGUAAUUAUGGAUUGAUGUUAAACAGGGUAUUUUAAUCCAUAUGGGAUUUUUACUUCUAGUCCG